GCCGUUGUGCUUCUCGUUCGAAGACAUGGUGGCGACGUCUUCGGCUUACGUCUGAUCGGGUUUACCAAGGUGCGGGAUUUCUCACUCUAUGGAGAUAUCCUUAUCGGGCGCGAAGACGAGAAUCUGAGGCUUGAGCAAAGGGAUGUCGAUAUCUACUUAGGAGGUGAAGAUGGUGCCAAGUUCUUUUGAGCGAAUUCACAUGCGAUAUGGAAUCCCGAUCGCUAAUGCUGUCCCGAUUAUACCUAGCAAUUUCAACCUCUUGCGCCCGCGUGUAAUGAUUGUCAAAUCUCAAACAAACCGAAACGGAGCGGAAGUCCGAAGAGUAGAGGGAAUUGACUUUUUAUCAGAUGAUAGCUCGUCCAAUGUUUCGGCAAUAGAAAGCCGAACAAACGUCAGAAGCAACUACAAACCUCGGCAGGCGAAAUGGUCCCCAUCCUUACCACUGGGUAGUGGGCAUUCUUACCAUUCAAAAAAGGUUUAUAGGUUCCUAAGUAUCGGUACCGUACCCACUCUAAUAGCCCUCACAUCGAGGUACUUACUAAGGUACAUUCUCAGAUAUUCAAGGAUGUACCUACAUCUAGAUCUGAUAAGGCAUCUCAUCUUAAAAAUGACGUGCGUCUUCAAUUCUCUCUCCUCCGACUAUAAAAGCUCAACAUUUCACCCCGAUUCAACAGUUAUCGUCCUUCACCUACUCAUUCCCAUGCGAAACACCUUAUACCUCUUCACAAGGUACAAAACAUAUCCGAUGUUUGAACCGGGGGUUUAUUGUGCCUCGGCCAAGUCGGCUUAAUGGAAGAGACAUAAAGCGAUAGGUACUACAAAGCUCCAAGGAGCACCCCGCCAAUUGAUCUACAUCCAUAUGUCCACUAGCUAUCCUGAUUGAAAACAUGGAUCUUACUCCGUCUGUCCUGGGGAACGAACACAGCUCUCUUAUAGGAUAAACAGAGAGGAUAGAGGGAAUACCCAAUUGUUCAUUGGACAUACAUUCGCAUUCAGGCCUCUUGGAUGUUGAGUGAUAGGUAGGUAUUCAAUUCGUUGUCGAACCUCCAACAUUCGAAUGGGUAAGUCAAGGUACUAGUUCAACCAACCAAACUAGAAGCCGGCGGAAGCCGUUCUCUUCCUUGUGCCUGGUUCAACAUGACUUUACCUUUCAUAUCUACGUCAUUGUCAUAUGCCAAA